AUGGUUUUUGUGAACGUCAACGCCGCGUCACUGCAAACAGGUCGCUUUCUGGGUCGCGCCCUGCAUCGUCGCCGCUUUUGCGAAGCGCGAUCGCGCUCACCGCUCGGAACGCUUAUGGUAAUGCCGCCUGUUUCGAGGCGGGCGUUUUUAGCUGCUUUUGCUGCUGGCGUUACUGGGAUUGUCUUGGCACGGGCUUCACCGAGCUGGGCUGACGGUGCUGUCUCGCGGGCAACUCGAGAACGCGCCCGUGGCCAGUACGGUCCACGGGUGCUUGCGACGCAGGCUAUUAUAGACAGGAUAGAGCAGGCGGCGAACGCUGGGAACCUGGAACUCGUCGCGGCUCUGACUGCAAACCCGAAGAAAAUAUCAAAAAAGGAACGGAAAGAACUGGAGUCUCUGGACGGUUUUGGGGCGCUCUACGCGGAGCGGAACGCGUUCUUGCUUCUGAAAGGUGCAGUUCGGGGCGACCGAGUACGAGAGCCUGAGAUGGAUCGUGUUGUUGAUCGGCUUUUCGCCACUGCAGACGAGAUCUACCAGGCAGCGCGGAUUGGAAACCGGGAUAAGGUGAUCCGAAGCGCGAGGAACUUGCCGCUCUACUUGAACUCUGUGAUAACGGUUGCAGAAGUGAACCCUCGCGGCCCGGACGCUGCUCCAGGACAGGCAUUCAGCAGCGAUUUCGACUGGAGACGUGGUCGGGUUGCGAUGCACUUAGAGGAGUCCGCCGCCAAGGGCUCGUCUGAGAUGGCAGCGCAACCGGUGGUGUCGAAACCGUCUGCGCCUGCGCCUGCGCCUGCGCCAGAAGUAUCCGCCGUCGGAUCAUGA